UUAGCAGCGGGACGUUUACUUUUUCACUUUAUGCGGAUUAUUGAAUUGUCUUUGGCUACGUUUUAUUUAGUUUCAAUGCGCAUGGAUACUGUUUAGACAUUUUCUCUCAGUCACAAACUUUCUUACAUUGCCUCAGUUACAUUUUUGAAUAAUGUUCUGUGCGUAAAAGACAAAAGUAAGUAUUACGCAUAGGUAUAUUUUCCUGUAGAAUAAUUCAGAGCAGACUGGAGAAGCGGCAGGCUGUGGAAACGGGAAAGUCCCCAGGUUCAUGACGUAAGGACCGGUUGAACCCUGUAAACCGCGGAUUAAUCCCAUCUGUGGUGAUCCGGCCCGGCAUUAGGAGUUGGAGAAGUAGCGGAUUUAAAAACUUUGUGCCUCCAAGUCUGUGUUCGCCGAAAUAACACUUGCUGAGGACUCCCUGGCUUCCUAAAGGGAAAAUGGCAUUUUAAUUUGUGACUGUCUAACAGAUCGACUCAAGGUUCCGCGUGCUUUGCCUCCGCAACGCACUUUGACAACUCUCUCACAACUAUGGGGUCUUCAGGUGUUUCCGAAAGUCAUUUGUCGACGCAGUGCACGAUUUGUGCUUUUGAACAAUUCGAUCGAAGCAGACGGCAUAAUGGCGGCAUUGAUCCUUCGCAAAAUUCCUCCCAUUUCCACGGGCGAGCGCGGCGCUCCCCUUCUCCAACAGGCUAACCCUAGCCAAUCACGGGCCGGGGUGGGGGCGGAGCCAGCAGAGCGGCAGCACUUAAUUGGUGAUGGUCACUCAGAUUGGAUGACGGAAAAAGUUGAUUUGUCUUCGUUUGUGUCGACGACCGAGUCUUCUCCGAGCUCAUCGCUUCCUCCGUCUCCUUUAGAACAUGAUGUCAAGGUGCCCUCAGACCUGGAGGUCAUGACCUCACUGCUGCAGGAAGAGCUGGCUCAGCUGGAGGACUACUUCCGCUCCGAGUCCACAGCCACAACCAACAAGUUGGACAAAUCCUCAAAAUGUGACAAGGGUGCUCCAGCCAUGGGCUCCCAAUCUUAUUAUCAGUUACCUUAUGGCUCAUAUGGGACCAGCCAAUCAGAACCCAGCCCUGUAGUUGUUACCUUGGCAACAGGGGAACUGGACUUGGCCAGCUUUUGUGGCGGUCCCAUCAGCAGAACCAAAAUCGCCCGACCCGCACCAUACAACUACCACCACCGCUACCACCACAACAACGGGCGGCGAAUCAUCAGUGAGACUGUGAAAGUGGACGAAGUGGGACUGGACUCGUGGGGCUCCAGGGGCAGUUACUCAGGAAGCACAGAGCUGUCCGUCAACCACUACUCCACGCUCAAGACGGUCAGUAAGAACAGCUUCGGCAGCGUCAAGAAGGUGAGAGAAUGUGCUUUAUCGCUGAAGGAGGAGGAGAGCUACUGCUUCUCAGAGGGGAUGUUUUGUAGUGAGGAGAUCGCAAGAGGGUUUUUUGGUGGUUCGUACGACAGCCACCACAAACGAGAGGGACAGUUGAUGCACAAUUUGAAGGUUAAUGUAAGUUAUGACAGCACAGGCUUGGAGGUCUUGCAUUGCAGCAAAGAUGGAGGACUUUCUGGAGGUAUCCCCCAAGAGACAAUGAUGCCCGGUGACAGCUACUUCCAGCAGUCCAUGGGUAGCACUGAGCCUUACCAUAGCUUUAUAGGCGACCUGGACGCUCCCACACAAGCACAGGCUGUAGAGCCCCAACAUGGCCACUACCUCUACCCAGAAUGCCUUGCAGACCAAAGCUACGAAUGUCUGUCCAGAGUGGAGAGCGAGGGGCCGCUGCUGGGGGCUCCAAUCCAUCGCCCCACUCAAAGGCUAAAGGAUGAGCCCUGCCACAUCAAACCAUCUCUGGGCAUGGGCGCAUCUGGUAUGGAAUCUGGCUGUGGGGAGAGGAAGCAAAAGAAGAGAGACCAGAACAAAACUGCUGCUCACAGGUACAGGCUGCGAAAGAGGGCGGAGCUAGACUCUCUGGAGGAGGAGCUUCACGGACUUGAAGGACAGAACCGCGAGCUGCGUGACAAGGCAGAGUCAGUGGAGCGAGAAAUCCAGUACGUCAAAGAUUUACUCAUUGAGGUGUACAAGGCUCGCAGCCAGAGGCUUAAGCAGGACGGCACUGUUUAAACUGCACCUCAAGCUCCACCAGUCCAGAAGAGGGAAAAAAAUCUACCAACUGGUCUCACACACAAGCGAAGUGGUAGUUGCAUGAUUUUGGUAGUUCUUUUCAAAAUAAAACACACAAAAGAGGAUGACCAAAACACCAAUUUCCAACAAAAACUUUUAAAAGUUUGAAAAAGGGAAGAUGAACAAUUUACAAGCCCAAGUGAAGUGGCUUUGAAGGAUGCUGAACUUGUCCGUGACCACUGUGAUCCGAACUGCACUCACAGCCUUGUGAAAGACUGACGCUUGCGAUGAUCGUUUACAAAACGCUCUUUGAAAUAGUAGUAGUCAUUGAAUUUGCUUGUGGUUUUUGUGACACACAUCGGCAGCAUUGAAGCAGAUCCAUAUUAAAUAUAUAUUUUAUUUUCUAUUUUAUUUUUGCUUAACAAUAAUAUUAAUGUUCAUUUAUCAUUUGCUUAAAACAAUCCGUUAAAUAAAGGGAUUGAUGGAAAAGUGUGCGACAUGCUCUUCAAAUAUUCAUUAUCAAAGACAUUUUGAAAUUUGUAUUGCUAAAAUGUAUUUACACUUCUUUACCCCACUGCGAUGCAUGUUUGAUUUUGGAAAAGCAUGUGUGAGUGUUAUUUGAAGGCAAUAUUUUGUUAAAUGCAUGGCUUCAGAAUCCACUGAUUUGUCCCUUCUCAUCGGCUGAGGACUCUGCCCUGUGCCGCCUCGCCAGUGCAACCCAUGCUCAGGUUAAGUUUUGGUCUUUACAAACAUCCUCUGGCUGUUUUCUUUCCCCCUCUACCCUUUCCUCUCUUUCUGUUGCUCUCUAUUGGCUGUAUUUGCGAACAAACAAUCACCUGUUGACGCAACAAUAAAUCGUUGUUGGGUACGACUUUUGGGACUUUUCUUUUUGAUUUAUUUAUUUUUUGUUAAAUUUGUUGAAAAUUCAGGUUGUUUUAAUAAUUCAUGUUGAUAUCAGGAGAUUUUCAUCAUCAGGUAAAUUUUAGCCAAAUAAACCACUGUCAUUAUUA